UACAUUAGGGGUGCGCGCUAUACGCCGGAGCGCGUAAUAGGGCGAUAAAUACGGUAGUUAUUUUCCCCCGUACCCCAUUAGCCCAUAGUGUCAAAUAGGUUAGGUAUUCCACUGGCCGUAAGGAGCCCCUAAGUAGGCAUCUGGAUUUGUUUUUUUUAGCUCAAAAUAAACUAGGAGACUCAAGUGGGAAACUGUGAAGUUAAUAUUUUAAAGUGAAUCUGCAGUUUGAAUAAUUCUUCGCCAGUAUCUUAAAAAACACUUCCAUUUAUAGCCAAGCAGACAUGCCUGAAAAUACAGAGUGACAACUAAUUUCUGUUUGUCAAAGAUAAGAUGCCCUUUUCCUGGUGCUGGGAAACCAGUCAGGGGGAAAAAAUGGUAAGGGUCUAAUAGACACUGAGGCAGAAGGCAGGGAUAUUACAAGUGACAUGGAAAAUCUAGUGAUGCAAAGACAAGCUAAUGACAUUUAGAGAGAGAGAGAGGGGGGAUCUAGUAGCAAACAGAUGUAGGGGAUCUAUUAAAGUAAACAUAGUUAAAUGGAAUUUAGGUGCCAUGGAGGGUGGGAGGAGGUAAUAGGUAUCUGGUGACAUGUAGACCAUUGAUAAUGAUUGAGUGAAAAAAUUAGACAGGUAAUCGUUUUUUUUACAGGUGAGGGUUAUCCAAGGAGGGGAGAAGGGGAUCUAUUGGUGAAAGACAGGUAAAUGGGCACCUAGUUCCACAUACAAGGUUGAAGAGAGUAUCUAGUGACACAACAAGGUGGUUAAAGGGAGAAUCUUGUUUUACUGAGAGACAGAUACGAGAGGAUCUAGCAACUCGGGUAAAGGGGAGAAUCUAGUAACUCAGAGAAAGGUGAAGGGGAUCUUGUUGCAAAAAGACAGGUGGAUCUAGUGACCCAGGGAAGAGUAAAGUCGAUCUUGUCCCGCAGAGGGAAGGAGGAUCUAGUGACCCUAAAACUGGUAAAGGGGUAAUGUAGUGAUCCAGAGGAAAGUAAAAGGAGAUCCUGUCACACAGACACAAGUGAAGGGGAAACUAAUGAGAGAAAAAGGUGAAGGGGACCAGGUGGCACAGGGACUGUAGAGGAUAGAUGGGUAGAUAAGUGAUAGAGCGGUUAGAAAAAUACAAAUAAAGCAGACCUACAUACCAUAUACAGAACAGAUGAUAGGGAGGGAAGUGAAUUAAUACCAAAGGACACCAGAAACCAAAGAGAAUAUGGACAUUUUCGUGAUAUUGGGGUUUACUCUACUCUUACACAGCUGCACAGAAGCCUGCACAGAAGUCCCCUCUCUUUCCCUCUCACUGUUCAUAGGCAUCUCACAAUUCAACCAUAGUGCUUUGAGGUGCCAGCUCUGUCUUGAUUGGACGAUCCACACCCCUCAAGAAUAUACCUUCACAUAUUUUUUAAAUGAACAUAUUGUACAGAUAACCAAAAAACAAGACACAAAAGCACUGUACUAUCUGUCCAACAAGAAGAAUAUGUAUGGAUCAUGGGAAUGCAGGGUUGAACAAUAUCCCAGCCUUCGUGCAGUGUACUACAUAGGACCACAGACAUCUGCCCCGCCAGCCCCAGAAGACAGCGCAAGCAAAGAGGAAACAUCUGUUCCAGCUUUUAUAGUUCCUUCACGACUUAUCAUUACCAUUGUGACUGCAGUCCUAUUACUGAUAAUCCUCAUCAUACUGACAGCCAUUACAUCCAGCUGCUGCCUAUUGAGAAUCUGCAGGAAAACAUCCAAAUUACAUCACCAUCCCAGAGAAAGACAAAGAUCAGACAACUUUCCCCUUACUGAAAAUGUAAACCGAGACACAGCUGAUCUAAACAUCGACAUGAGUACAGAAGUGUCUUACGUGGAGCUGGAAAUCCGUCAGAAGCCACCCUCCCAAAAAUUGCUGAAUCCUCAGUCUACAGUCUAUGCAACCAUAAUGUGAAUUUAUUUAAAUAACCUAAAGGGCUCAUGCAGAGCUUAAAAUGCCACCGUUACAGGCGUUGAGCAUUUGCUUUUUUUCCCCCAGGCCAUAAAAAGCACCUCUAUGUAAGCUUAUGUGACUAUUACAGGUGUACUAGAAGAGAAACAUUUACAGCCAGGAAAAAAAAAAAAACACUUUGGGAUGUCCCCAGAAAAGCAACUGAAUGGAAAUCUUCCAAUGAGAACACUAGUUCUGGGGGGUCCCCAAUACAUUCCCCUAAUUUGCAGGCAUUUCCUCUCACUUUUUGUUUGGCCAUGGGACCAGAAGUGAAGUGAAAUCUCAAAAAAAAAAAAAAAGUUGCCUACAGUUCAACUUUAAUGUAUUCCAGUGGCUAGAACAAAAUUAAAAUAUUCUAGCCAAUAGGUGCAUUUGAGCAUUGAUGCAUUCUAAAUGCAUAUGCAUUAGGUGGCUUUUACCUCAGGCAGAGGGGCUUAAACAGGCAACCUGUGUAUAUAAGGCCUAAAGAAGCAGGGCUCAUAAAGAAAAAGGUAAUUUUGGUGGACAAAUGCUUCACUUGAAUCAUUGACCUAGAUCAGGGAUCUUCAAACUACGGCCCUCCAGCUGUUGCGGAACUACAAAUCCCACGAGGCAUUGUAAAACUCUAACAUUCACAGACAUGACCGAGCAUGAUGGGAAUUGUAGUUCCUUAACAACUGGAGGGCCGUAGCUUGAGGACCCAUGUCCUAGAUUAUCCAUGCUUGACAUGCCUAUGUUUAUUCCAGGUGAGCGAUUCAUGAAAGUAAUGAAGGGAUCCCAAGAUACAGCCACACACAAUUUAAUUGCACACCAUUUUUUAUCUGCAACUACUAUGCAAUGCAAGGGUUUAGUGAAUAGAAGAUUAAAGGGGUUGUAAAGGUUUGUUUUUUAUUUUCUAAAUUGGUUCCUUUAAGCUAGUGCAUUGUUGGUUCA